AUGGCUGACUCCACUCCGACUCAAACUCUAUCAAACGACGUUGAAUCGUGCUUUUUUCAACGAACUGUCACUUUAUACGAUUGGUGGUUGAUUAAAGCUAGAAAUGACUUCCAAGGAAAGAGUUUAGCCAUCGCUGGCGUCUCAUCGAGAAAGGAUGAGGCAAUGCGCGUGUUUGUUUCUGCUCCCAUUAUCAAAAGAUACGAUGCAUUUUCUCUCGAGACUGUGGAUGGGAGAUAUGUUAUAAUUAGUGGCUUCAUCAACGAGCGGCGCACACUUGAAAACGGUUUCGACCCUCAGGUUUUCAAUCGAUUUUUAUUUGGCUUCCCUCCAGACUGGGAAAGCUAUGCUCUAGGUUUCUCCAGAGAAGAAUCAACCACUGGCACUGAUUUGGGUGGUGCUUUUUCUAAGAACGUAUCAGCUAGCCGUCCAGAAAUUUUAUCUGAUAUUGCAGUUGCGGAAAAUUGUAUUCCUACUACUUUGGUAUCACCAGAGCAGGCGCCAGAAGAUCACGGAAAGCUAUUUCCUAGAUAUGAUUGUAAUGUGUCAAAGGGGAUAGAUGGGGUUAAUCUUGUUUGUAGUGGUGGUGGGAAAAGAACUAGUGCAAGGUUGCAUGAUAUUAAAGUAUGCCUGCAGAAGAAGCAGGCUGCUUCUGGAGGUAUGCUGAAGCGUCCAGAUAGUGAGGAGAACUCUGCUUCAGUGGCCUUUGAGAAUUGUGAUGUAGAGGGAUGGAGAAGUCCGGCAACGCCCAUUCCAUCACAAUCAAGGAGUGAAUAUUCAAUUGAUGGUUGUGUGGAAAAUUGUAAUCCUACUUUUUUGGAAUCACCAGAGAAGGCCCAGGGUGAUCACGAGAAGACUGAAAAUGAAUGCAACGUGUCAAAGGAGGUGGGUGGGGCUGAUGUUGCUUGUAGUAUAGGUGGGAAAAGACGAAGUUUGAGGUUGCAUGAUGUUAAAGUAAACCAGCAGAAGAAACAGUCUGCUUCUGGAUUGCCUCCAAAACAUUCAAAUAAUAAAAACUAUACUUCAGUGGCCUUGGAUAAUUGUGAUAUAGUGGGACCAGAAAGUUUAGCAACACCUAUUCAGUCACAAUCAUGGAGACAACUACGCACUUCAUCUGAGGAGAUAGUUAAAAAAUCUUCUUCCAGAAUUUGUAGAACAUCAUCACCAAAGACUGAAGGCUGUUAUAAGGAAAAAAGGGGCAGGCGUAAGGGAGUACUGAAUAAAUCUGCUUCUGCUGUGAAAAACUUGCGAAAAAAGGACCAAAGUCACUUGACCAAGGGAAGCCAACAGCAAAGAUCCACUGUUUCUCCUAUGUCAUCGAGUUUCAGAACAUCCAGAUCUGGCAGGUUGCUUCUACCUCCCUUAGAGUUUUGGCGCAAUCAAAUACCAAUUUAUAAUGCGGAUCAUGAGCUUAAAGAAAUUCAGGAUGGUGCAUCUCUGAUAUCACCUUGUAGAGGUUCUUCACCAUCAUUGAGCAGGUACAUUAGCUAA